GUGACCCGGGUCGGUUUAUUAUAUAGGAACAGAGACAAGAUUGAACUUGUUCAUCUGCGACGGCUCUACAUCAACCAACUUUAACUUGUUGUAAGGAACAUGUCCAAAACGAAAGGUUCACGGGUGGACGUGGGAGAGGCUAAGAAGAAAAAAUGUGAUCAGAAAACAGUUGAAGAUCCAGAAGACGUUACCAUUUUGCUCAUUGGCAAAACUGGAACUGGCAAAAGCUCUGCGGGAAACAUCAUUGUGAAUGCUAAUGGUUUUGAAGUUGGGAAGAAUACAAUGGUGUGCGAGAAGAAAAUGCAUCCCCUGCUUGAUGGCCGUAGAUUGGCAGUGAUCGAUACUCCAGGUCUGUUUCACACCAAACUGACAGCUGAGGAGAUGAAGACACAGCUGACUAGAUGUGUCUCGUUGUGUGCUCCUGGUCCUCAUGUGUUCCUGAUUGUGAUUGAGCCAAAACGUUUCUCGAGAGAAGACAAAGACAUGGUGAAAAUGAUCAAGAGGAUGUUUGGAGAUGGAGCAGCUAAAUAUACCAUGGCCUUGUUCAGUCAUGGAGAUGAAAUGGAGAAAGAUGGAGUCUCAGUAGAAAGAGCUAUGUAUUUCAACCCACCUUUCAAUAAUUUUCUCAGCAAAUGUAAAGGAGGUUUUCAUGUUUUUAACAACAACGACAACAGGAAUCAAGUUAAUGAGCUGGUGGGAAAGAUUGACAAUAUGGUUCAGAGAAAUGGAGGCAGGCGAUACACAAAUGAUAUGUUCAGAGAAGCCCAAAGAGCCAUUAGUCGGGAGAUUUCUCAGGCUGAAGUAAAUAGAGAGACAGCAGAGAGAAACAACUCGUUUAUUCGAGCUGUUGACCGAGCUGCUGCAGUUUCAGCCGUUGCUGAAGCUGCUGCUGAAGCUGCAGCUGAGGCCGCUGCAGCAGCCACUGCUGAAGCUAUAGCUGCAGCAGCGGCUGAAGCUAUCAUUGAAGCUGCUGUUGGAGUGGCAGAUGUUGUGAGUACAGUCACAGCAGUGAGAGAGGAUGGAUGCGUAACUCAGUGAUAACCAUGUGAUCAGGAGUAAUUGCAAGUAACCUCAAUGAUAGUGACCAGCUUGUUAGCUGUUAGUGAAUAGUAAUUAUUAAUUACAUAUCUGAUUAAACACUUUUAAUAGAACCUUUAACAUUAAAAUACAACAUGUGAUUUGUUAUUUAAAGACAAUGACUAACAUUGUCUUGGCUUG